GGCUCUCGGCUCCCCCCCCGCUCGGGGGGGCACCCCUCACCUCCGGCGCGGCGGUGCUGCAGCCCAUAAAGAGCGGCGGAGCGGAGGGUGGGUGCGCAGCUCUGUACCCGUGCGCCGGGGCCAUGCAGUGAGCGCUCGCCGGCAGGACUGCAGGCAGCCCCGGGACAGACCGCCCCGCCGCCAGCGCCAGCGCCAGUUCCAGCGAGGGAGACCCACCCCAGCUCAAGAUGCAGAGGUGCACUGGUCUCCUGUUUCUGUCUUUAAUCCUUUGUGCCACCCUGUCAGAAACAUUUGGACUGGUUUUCUCAGCAAAAGAAAAAAGGGGCUGGACUUUGAAUAGUGCUGGUUACCUGCUUGGGCCACGUCGUAUUGAUCAGCUUUUACUGAUAAAGGAAAUGUCCAUUGCAAGGGGGAGAGAAGAGGCACCAGGGGCAUAUGCAGUAGAUAACCACAGGUCUUUCAAUGACAAACAUGGUUUCACUGGUAAACGUGAAAUACAGCCUGAUGAGGAUAUUGAAGCAGGGAAUCUUGGAAGACCACUGGCUGAUGAAAACAUUCUGCGCACAGUAAUUGAAUUUUUGACUUAUUUGCAUCUUAAAGAGGUGGGAGCACUUGACAAACUACCUUCACCAGAGGAAACAAACCAGUCUUGAAGAAGAAUGCAUUUUUAUUUUGUUGUAGUGUAGAUUUAGAUUGAAUUCUAAACAAAAGAUCCAAAUGAGCUGAAGAUCAGAAGUAUUGUUUGCAUUAGUCUGAUAAAUGGUAAACAGCAUUCUGCCCUCUGUUGUUUUUUGUUUGUUUGUUUGUUUGAUGGGGUUUUUUUUGCCUUUUUUUUUUUCCUCUCCUGUGAUGUUAUGGUGUAAAAUUUUGCCUUGGUAAAAUUUUUCUGUAGGUAAAAGAUAAAAUAAAAAUAAAGAGCAACUA